UUUGAACUUUUGAUUUGACAAUUGCCAAAUCAGCCAGGUACUUUCGACUCCUGGAUUUUUUUAAUUACCUAGAAAUAUAAAAUAUUCUGAAUGAACACCUAAUUAGAGCGCGAUACUUUGCAUAACUGGCCUAUUUAUAGUACCCGAAUGUACUCUUGACCAGCAAUAUGUCGACAUAUGAAGAAUUUAUACAGAACAAUGAGGAUAGGGACGGCAUUCGGUUCACAUGGAAUGUGUGGCCGUCCAGCAGAAUCGAGGCAACUAGACUUGUUGUACCUUUAGCAUGUCUUUACCAGCCGUUAAAGGAGCGCCCAGACUUACCACCUAUUCAGUAUGAACCUGUGCUGUGUACCCGUAAUACAUGCCGGGCCAUCUUAAACCCUAUGUGUCAGGUUGAUUACAGAGCCAAAUUAUGGGUAUGCAACUUCUGCUUUCAAAGAAACCCUUUUCCCCCACAAUAUGCUGCUAUAUCAGAACAGCAUCAACCAGCUGAACUAAUACCUAAUUUCUCCACCAUUGAAUAUACAAUUACUCGAGCUCAAACUAUGCCACCAAUCUUCUUACUGGUGGUUGACACAUGUCUUGAUGAGGAGGAGCUGAGUGCAUUAAAGGAUUCUCUACAGACAUCAUUGAGUCUUAUGCCACAGAAUGCUCUAGUUGGCUUAAUUACAUUUGGCCGAAUGGUGCAGAUUCAUGAACUAGGUACUGAAGGCAUAUCUAAAUGUUAUGUCUUUAAAGGAACAAAAGACUUGACUGCCAAACAGAUACAAGAACAAUUAGCUAUUGGUCGUGUUAACAUACCAAAUCCACAGCAGCAGCGUCCUGGAGCUCCACCAGCCCAGCCACCUGCUCACCGUUUCCUGCAGCCAGUCAAACAAUGUGACAUGGCUCUUACAGACUUGCUUGGCGAACUUGGUCGUGACCCAUGGCCCCUUGGUGUAGGGAAACGGCCCUUACGAAGCAGCGGAGUGGCAUUAUCACUUGCUGUUGGUUUAUUAGAAGUGACUUACCCAAAUACAGGUGGAAGGAUUAUGCUGUUCCUAGGUGGGCCUUGCUCUCAAGGCCCAGGUCAGGUUGUGAAUGAUGAGUUGAAACAGCCGAUUCGUUCUCAUCAUGAUAUUCAUAAAGACAAUGCAAAAUACAUGAAGAAGGCAAUUAAGCAUUAUGAGGCACUGUCAUUGAGGUCGGCCACAAAUGGCCACUCUAUUGAUAUCUACUCUUGUGCUCUGGAUCAAACUGGUCUGAUGGAGAUGAAACAAUGUUGUAAUUCAACAGGUGGUCACAUGGUCAUGGGUGAUUCAUUCAACUCAUCACUAUUCAAGCAAACAUUCCAGAGAGUAUUUGCCAAAGAUCAGAAAUCUGAGUACAAGAUGGCAUUUAAUGGAACUCUAGAAGUUAAAUGUAGCCGAGAAUUGAAAAUUUCUGGUGCGAUUGGUUCCUGUGUAUCUCUAAAUGUGAAAGGCCCAUGUGUCUCGGACCAGGAAGUUGGCAUGGGUAACACAUGCCAAUGGAAGAUGUGCACAUUUACACCAAGCACCACUAUGGGCAUAUUCUUUGAGGUGGUGAAUCAGCAUGCAGCGGUGCCCCAAGGUGGACGCGGCUGCGUGCAACUCAUCACGCAGUACCAACACUCCAGCGGACAGCGUCGCGUUCGAGUCACCACUAUUGCACGCAAUUGGGGAGAUGCUGCAGUGAACUUGCCCCACAUCGCGGCUGGUUUCGACCAAGAAGCGGCAGCUGUAGUUAUGGCACGUCUGGUGGUCUACCGUGCUGAGUUAGAAGAUGGACCCGAUGUAUUGCGCUGGCUUGAUAGGAUGCUAAUUAGACUGUGUCAGAAAUUUGGCGAGUACGGCAAGGAUGACGCGAACAGCUUCCGUUUAUCAGAGAACUUUAGUUUGUACCCGCAGUUCAUGUAUCAUCUACGUCGCUCACAGUUCUUACAAGUGUUCAACAACUCACCAGAUGAGACCACUUUCUACAGACAUAUGCUGAUGCGUGAGGACCUGACUCAGUCGCUGAUCAUGAUUCAGCCGAUCCUGUACUCAUACAGUUUCGAGGGUCCACCGGAGCCGGUGCUGCUUGACACCUCUUCCAUACAACCAGAUCGCAUUCUCCUUAUGGACACAUUCUUCCAAAUACUGAUCUACCAUGGAGAGACAAUAGCACAAUGGCGUGCUCUCCGUUACCAAGAUAUGCCGGAAUAUGAGAGCUUUGCGCAAUUACUACGGGCGCCAAUAGACGACGCACAAGAGAUUCUGCAGAGCCGGUUCCCAGUACCGAGAUACAUCGACACAGAACAUGGAGGCUCUCAGGCCCGAUUUCUACUGUCAAAAGUGAAUCCGUCCCAGACGCACAACAACAUGUACGCGUAUGGUGGGGCGAUGCCGAUACCAUCAGCGGACGGUGGAGCUCCUGUACUAACAGACGAUGUAUCGUUGCAAGUCUUUAUGGAACAUCUGAAAAAGUUGGCAGUUUCCUCAAAUGCCUAAUUAUAAUAUUCAAACAAACGUGUCAGCAGAACUGAUGUUUGCCCAGGAAAUAGGAAACUCAACGGGAAUGGUUUGCAACUUCCAACUUAUGUGUUAGAUGAGACGUGUAGCGUAACUAAAUGCAGUUUGUAUUAUGAAAACAUAGUUAAUUACAAUAAAUUUGACUUUGGGAAUGUAUAUUGCAUUUUCACCACUUCACUUGUAAUGUAUAUCAGUUAUGUAAAUACUAUGAUUCAUCAAGUUUAGUGUAAUUGUUAAAGUUGGGCUUAAAAGGAUCUGUAUCCAGAGCCGUAAAACAUGAAAAAAGAAGUAAAACGACCUGUUAUGGUCGUAUGAAUUCAAAUUUAUUGACUUAACAUUAUUCUCAAAUGCAAUCUUAAUUUAGUUAAGGUGGAUUUAGAUUUAAGAGACAUACCUCGUUCUUUCCUACAACUCUUAUAAAUUGCAGCAUUGAGUAAUAAAAGAUUGUAGUAAUGUAUAUUAUAAACAGUAAUAAAAUUGUUUAGUAUCUUUUCGAUGUGCAUGAUCAUCUGUUGUAUAUGUCACUUGGUGCUAAAAAAAGUUUGAAGUUGUUUUCCAAUAUCUAUACUUUUAUUGUUAACUCACUUGAUUCUGUUCUGUGUUAUUCUGUGCUCUUGCUUCUUUAAAUCUAAUUCCAUCUUUACAACGCAGUUUGUUAUUUAUCCACUAUAAGGCGAGCGCGGAUAUUACCGAAGAGUGAUAUCGAUUUUUUUUAAGAUUUAGAAUUUCGAGUUCCAUAUCUUUGAAUUAAAUUCUUUUUUUUGCAAUAACUUGUAAAAUAUUUUAUAGUAAUAUAUUAUAUUGGAUGAAAGAUGUUAAUGGUAUUAAAUUAUAUUUCUGUGAAUGAAAGGCAGAUAUUAGAACUGCAGACAUAUUUCCAUAGUUUUUUUUUUAUUUAAGUUUAAAUAUAUUUUCUACAAAUAUGAAUGUAAAUUAAUUAACGGCAUUAAAUGUAUAUGAAUUA